GGCCGGGCAGCGGGGCGGUGCCGGGGCGGGCCGGCUCCUCUCCCCGCCCUCAGCCGCGGCUGCGGCCGGCCUCUUUGUGCCGCCCGCCCAAGCAUCGCGUUGCCCUCCGUGUCGCCGUGCCUCAUCGGGGCGCUGCCCGCUCGGCUUCAGCCGCCGCUGCGAUCGGCGGGUCAGCUCGCCCUCGCCCUGCUGUGGGGCUUCCCGCCUCCGUCCUCGCCCCGCCGCCGCUUUACUCCGCCUCGUCCCUCGGGCUGCCUGUCAGCCCGCCCAGCUCGCUGCCCCUCCGUUCCUGUGUCCGUGUCCCUCCCGCCGCCCGCGGAGCUUCCCCGCCGCCGGGGAUGGCGCCGCUGACAGCGCCCGUGCGCGCCUGAGCCGGCAGGGGCGAGCCCCCCGCCGCCGCGGGAGGAGGAGGAGGAGGAGAGAUGAACCGCUUCCAGCCCGGGGUCGCGCUGCUGCUCUCGCUGCUGUGGGAGUGUACAGAGGCCAAAAAGCAUUGCUGGUACUUUGAAGGAUUAUAUCCUACAUAUUAUAUAUGUCGCUCCUAUGAGGAUUGCUGUGGUUCAAGAUGCUGUGUAAGAGCUCUCUCUAUCCAGCGACUAUGGUAUUUUUGGUUCCUUUUGAUGAUGGGAGUUUUGUUCUGUUGCGGAGCUGGUUUCUUUAUCCGAAGGCGGAUGUACCCUCCUCCACUAGUAGAAGAACCUACUUUUAACGUGUCUUACACCAGACAACCAGUCAACACUGCAUCAGGGUCGCAACAACCUGGAGUGCCGUAUUACACAGAUCCAGGUGGACCUGUGAUGAAUCCCAUGGCUAUGGCUUUCCACGUCCAGCCCAAUUCCCCACAAGGAAACCCGGUUUACCCACCCCCACCUUCCUACUGCAACACACCACCUCCUCCAUACGAGCAGGUGGUGAAAUCCUCCACAUGAGGACUCUCUGGCUCUCUGACCUGACUGUGUGAGAAGAAGGUGCCAUUGCAAAAUGAGCGAGAUGGAGGGCAUCUGCCCUUUUGAACACUUGCUAGUUCUCCAAGUCCUCCCUCCCUCCCUUCCCUGCACCUUUCCUCAUUAAAGUUACUUGCAAAGGGGUGAUUUUUAAAUUUUUUUUCUUUUUCUUUUUUUUUUUUAGUAGAAGUGAAUUUUUUCUUUGUCUUCAGAAUGAGAGAAGUUGUCUUUGUAAUGCUUUUAAUGGAAACCUAUAUUUAAAACCUAUAUGUCUUUCUCUUUAUUUAUUGUUUGUUUCAGUCCUGGGUUUAAUUGCUACUGGUAGCAGUUCUUUAUUCAACCCCAGAGUGAUGUGCGCUCUCCUAAGACCCCACAGCAGAAAUGCCCUCAUCUAAGGGAAAUGAAAUAUAAAAAGGGUAGAUGUAGAAGAGGCAGGGCAAUGCUUUUACCAGAAAUGCUGACCACCAUCUUUUUCUCUUACAAUUUUCUUGCACAGUUUGGUUCUGAGGCACAACAGAAAGAUGCUGUGAUAGAAGUCACUGUGACUGGAGCACCAGCAUUGGUCAAGUCAUGGCAGGGACUUUGUCAAGUGCCCUGGAAAAGAGGGAGUCAUUACUUUAAAUGAUACAUCUGAAAAGUGAAGGACAGGGACUCGAGUGUUUCUUGGUCAGCACCUGGACUCUGCCUGUGUGAUCGGCAUCCUCGCUCCCCUCAUUUUGCCAGCAGUGAGACUGUAUGAAACAGACGAUGACCUAAAUGUUGGUAGUGAGAGGGAGGUGUUAUAACCUUGGAGCUACUUGUGCUUUGUGACAGAACAGUUAGAAACACUGAAAUACGUAGGUAAGUUUUCUUCCCUAAAUUGGAAAAUUAUCCCAGUAAGAAGGAAUGGGAGCACACUUCUAGGUCUGCUCCCUUUGACAUUGAUGUUUUGUCCCCGGCCUUACUGCUGCCACAAAGAGUGCCAAGCAGAGCUGUCAUCUCCAGGUGACAGAUCUGUGAAACUGCUCUCCUCUCUAGUUCAGGCAAAUAAACAACUUCUUGGAACUGGUGUUUAAGAGCAGUUCCUUGACGUGAUGUGCAGAUGGUUUGGCUUACAAUGACUCUUAGGUCUUCAUGUGUUUUGCUGUGAGCAGCCCCAGAAUUCCCAAAUUCACCAUCUCAUGCUUGUGGCUCACUCUUGGAGUGACCACAAGUCAACACCUUCAAAUACACACAAGAGCCCCUUUGUGAGAGGCUCUCACACCCAUCUAUGUCUACCAAAGAUGUGAAGCUACUCUGAGACAUGACUACACAUCAAUGGAACCUUCUCCCUCUGGGCAUAUUCAGAGCCAUGUCACUAAAGAGUGACAAAAAGAAGAUGCCCUUGCCUUCCACUGCUGAAGGACCUGCAGAAACAGCAUAGCUGAGGGUUAGGAGUCCGAUAUGGACCUUUGGGUACCAGGUGAAUGUUGAGUUUGCCAAUACACUGACUGCUCCUGUGUCACUCCAGCCUGGGCACAGAGGCCACCAAGAUGACUUGGAGUAAUCUGAAGACCUGUGUUGCACAGGGAGCCAAAGCAUGGCUCCCAACAUGCAUCCCAGUGGCUUGUGAGACCUUGUGCAGAGGCAGCAAGCUGGAUUUGCAGAAUUGCCAGAAAAGAGCACCCCUUUUAUUAUUAACAUGUCUCUAGCAGGAAAACCAUUAAGGGUCACUGUUUCUAAAAGCUAAUGGUGGACUUAAUAGUCGUCUGGAGCACAGCUAGCUUUUGAGGAGCUCAUUCCUGCAGCCAUGACUUGGGUGAAAUUGUAACUAAGGCUUUCCCUUACUGUGCAUCAUAGCAAGGGACAAAGCAAAGUACAUCUGUGUGUGCAGUGUAGGCUUGGUGGGCACUGAAGGUGACAGAAAAAGUACAUUUUAUCAGUAAGCCCAUCUGCAUACCACAACUGUAUGUAUUUUCUAAAUUAGUGUGGACUUGAAGGUUAAACCUGCAUAUGUUACUGAAUAUGGCUGUGUAUAUGCAACAUAAUUUUUUAAAACAAAAUCCAACCUUUCUUUUUCUGUCAAUAGAAAUUACAACAGACCUCAUGUUAGUAGAUAGAUGCUGUUAAGUCCUUUUAUAUUAUGAAAUGUAUCUGUGACAGCUGGCAUUUUACUGGACACAUUGAACAGAAGCCUUUUAUAGUGAAUUCUUAUGCUGUACAUUGAAAUUCAACUUAUGGUGAUGUUUUCCUGAAGUCUGGCUGGUUUAUUUGCUGGUGUUGAUGGAUGACACUACCUCUUACAACACAUGCACUCCUCUGCUAGCAAACUUGCUUGGUCUUCUCUUGAAAAUGCAGCACCUGUGUGGGCAUCUAUAUGAAUUACUUGCCAACUGUUUACAUGCCUUUCCUCUCGUUGUCUUGCUUUAAAAGUGGGGAGAAAGAAGAAACCCUGUAACUUUCAGUAGGGUGAUAUCAACAAUAUGAAGUUGAUUGAGAGUGUACGUUCCACGUUUUGCAAGCUUAGGUUGGUGGGUUAGAAGAUGGGUGUAGCAGAAGCAGGUCUUUCUACAGUCUCAGAUGCUUCUGUUGUUCAUAAAAUUUGUGCAGGCCUUCUUUAGAAAUGCAUUAAAGUAAGCUUGGACGUUGCUGUA